AUGUCCAAAACUCACAGCUACUCUGCACACUUGGCUUAUGUCCCAUUUUUACCAACUAGUUACCCCUAUGCGACUCAUGCAGCCAAAUUGAGCUUUCUGUCUGAUGAGCUACCAUAUGACUAUGAGGACAUUGAGGACGAUGACCAAGACCACACCCAGGGUCGGAAACUGACUUCUUUGGAGGCUGAUGGCCCUGGCUAUUAUGAUGAUGCUGCAAUAGAAAAAACUGUCAGGUUUGAUCCAAGUGAAGGGCUUAUCCACUUGCCCCUUUCUCAAGUCUUCUCACCUCUCUCUUUCUCUCAAGUUUCUUGCUGUCUGUCAUUAACUCUGGCAUUCCUCAUAAGUGGAAACAUCCUCCAUGAUGAGCUGCUCUACAGCUAUGAUGAUGCUGGAGAACCUUUAGAAAAUUCCACAAUAGGUUCUGGUGCCCGUUUAGUUGGUGGCAGCAGCUCCUGCUCUGGGAGACUAGAAAUGUUAGACGGUUACAGCUGGAAGAGCAUCUGUGACACCAACUUUAAUCAGAUGGCCGCUGAGGUUGUCUGCCGCGAACUGGAUUGUGGAGCUCCCAAAAAAUAUCAGGGAGGAAUGUUUGGUCAAGGAAGUGGUUCAGUUUGGGAAAAAAAGAUUCAGUGCAGAGGAAGUGAAAGAAAGAUUUUUGACUGUUCAACCGUUAACAGCGCAGCAGGGCAUUGUACUAAAAGGAAUGAUGUUGGCCUUGUUUGUGUUCCUUACAGACUAGUGAGCGGUUCUGAUUCUGAGUGCUCUGGACGAGUUGAACUUUACUAUGACCGUAGGUGGGGAACAGUCUGUGAUCGCUACUGGGACCUGCAGGACGCCAGUGUUCUCUGUAACCAGAUAGGCUGUGGAUACGCAAUUGAAGCCCCUGGACAGGCCAGUUUGGAGAAGGCAAAGGAGAAAUAUGGAGAGAUAAUCUUCACUGUGAGGGAGAUGAGGCUGACCUGACAAAGUGCCCAGCUCUUGAUUAUGGACGUGAAGAGUGCACACAUAAGAAUGAUGCCGGUGUUAUUUGUUCUAACCAGAAUUUUGGAGUCAGACUGUCAGGUGGCCCCAGUCGAUGUGAAGGAUGGGUGGAAAUUUAUUACAAGAAGAACUGGGCAAG